AUGACGUUGGCCGACGUGGCACAGCCGGAGACUGCCGGGACGAGGCGGUCAGCCUCCUGCUUGGGCGACAUAACUCCAUCUUCUCCCCUGGCCUCGGGCCCCUUCGUCCAUCGUCAAAAUCGCACUCGCGGCCAAGAGUCUCUCCGCUCCGCCACCCUGGCUCGUCCUCACUUUUCCUCAAACCUGUCCGACUCGGGAAGCGCCUUCGACGUUGACGAGUUCGAUGGCGCUCUGCCCCUGGGCAGGGACGGCACGACUCGACACACUAGCAACCAAAUCGCAGCCUUGGUCGACUUCUUUACAAACUACCCGCCACCGCCCAACAACUUCAUGUCGAUGCCACACGGUGCCGGUGGCUGCGGCAGGGGACGGGGGGCCUGGUUCAAGUUCAGGAAGAUGAGCAAGAGGAGCAAGUCGCUUCCCCGCGCCCCCAAGCAAAUCCGCCUCCCCGACUCGGCCGUGUCAGGCACCACCAUUGGCGGCCACCGUCACAUUGCCAUUUCCAUCCCGCUCGAGGUCACCCCUUUUGCCGAGGUGCCGAAGUCUCAGUACCCCGUCUGCUCUCCCCGGGACCUGUCCGCGGGCAUUUCCACGCGAGACGCAAACAAGGGAGCCGCUGCGCUGCUCCGUUCCGGCUCGAGGCCCGUUGAAACACCCAGGUCUCCUCGCCCCGACGACCACCCGCUGCCGCCGAGCCAGUGGAUCAAACCAAACGCUUUGGGCCACCGGCCCAAGGGCGUCCCUCGCGGGAAGCCCUAUGACUACAUUGGCAUCCUACCUGCUCAGCUAGAUACGACGGUGCUCAACGAUAGCUCCGCGCCGUGGAACUCCUCGCCGUCGAGCGACGAGGGCUUUGGGCACCGCGGGCUUUCUCACUCGUCUCCUCAGCAGUCGCCGUUCCCUGCCCGCAGUUCCAGCGUGGUGCGCCUUCGUGGCAAAGGCCAGCAUGCCUCGAUCGACUCACUUCUCUCGCAGCAGCAGCGGCAGCGGCGACGACAGCAGCAACAGAAACUACAACUGCAGGAGCAGCAGGAGCGCAGUCAGGACACAAUGCGUCGCUUGCGAGACCUGGGUCCCCCUUCACCCGGUGGCAGUACAGCCUUGUCCAAGGCGAGCGAGGCCAGUCUGAACUCGUCGCAGUGGGGAAAGCCCAGAAAGUCGAGCGCUGUUCCCGGCCUCGGCAGUGAGCGUCCCGCGCCGGCCAACAGACAGGAUGGUCGAUCCUCGGGGCUCACGGUGAUCGCCGACAGCCCCAUCGUCUCUCACAGGGACCCCUCGCCGCCUCUGCCACCCCCGCCAACUUCGCCCAGGAAUCGGAGGGAAGCGGUGCGAGAUAGGAAGCGGCGGGACAUGGAGGCCGUUCGGAGGCCGAAGCAGAUGAAGCGGGACGAAGCAACGAGCGAUGCCGCGGCGACCAACGGGACCAGCAGGGCACAGGCAACAAAGGGGACUGUGCAAGAGUGUGCCGGCGACGCGCGUGAACCCGUUGCACAGAAUGAUGAGAACAACCCAACUCAGCACUUGAGUAUGAGCAACAUGAUGGUGGUGGUCGACUUCGAACCCUGUCCUUCCAUGAAGCGGGCCACGCGUCAUCGGCAAUCCAAGGCGGUGCCAGCGCCACAGUCGGUCGAGGAAGGUUCGGAUCCCUCCGAGCUGUUGCCUCAGCCGAGUGAUCCCAGCAUCCCAACGCCCCCGGUGUCGGCCAACGGGUCUCCGCCCACGAGGCACGCGGCCGCGGACCGCACGUCGCUCACGCGGCGCCGGGAAUGGAAAGCCAUUCGCGAGCAGGAGCGCAAGGCCCGGGAGGCCAUCGCGCUGGCCCGUGCAGAGGCACAGGGCCUCGCCCCUGGGGGGGCCGCGCGCGACGGCAAGGGCUCGCAGGCGGACAGGGAGUUGAUGUGCCUGUACGAGUCGUACCGCGAGCAUCGCCUCCGAGACAUGGAACGCCGUCUACGCCGCCUGGAGCGCAACGGUGACGUCUGGCUCCGAGCACUGGUCCCCGUCUUGGAUAACAUGAACCGCACCUUGGCGGCGGCGGCGACAAAGGGGGAGCUAUUGUACAGGGACGAGCACGAGGAUUUUGCAUCGGACGGCGAGGCGGACAGCGCAGCAGAGCGUCUCGGCCGCAAGGCAGACAGGCGCCGGGCGUCGAGGCGGAGGAGCUUGGCGCACGGCAGGCUCUUGGAGAAGCUGGCGCGACAAAGGGAGGGCGCAAGCAGGGGCGACGACGACGACGAUGACGACGACGACUACAACAGCCAUCGCAGGGGCGCGUGGCGGGACAGCGCGAGCGGGAGCGACGACACGAGCGGGUUGGGCUCGAUUGAGCCGUUGAUGAGGGAGCUUGCAGGUGAGGCCAGGAGAAGGCAGAGGGCGGCGGUAGUGGCGGCUAGGGCAAAGGGGCACAGCGAGGGGGGGGCGCGGGAAGUGCGAGGCGAGGCGGGAAGAGGGAAGGAUGGAUGA